GGGGCGGGGGCGGGGGUCUGACGAAUCUGCACGCCGAUGCGGGCGCUCCAGCGGCUUCUAAUUAAAGCCGGCCGGGAGCCCUCGGGGACCCGCCUGACGUUGGCGAGCGCGGGGAUAAGAAGCGCCCCGACUCGGCUGCGGGAGUCGGCGCGGGCGUACCCAGGGAGGCUGGGCCACCUUGGAGCGGCGACUCCCGCAUCCCGCGUGCCUGCGCCCCGCAAGCCGGGCGCGCCGGGCAUGGAGUAGCUCUGAACUCAGGCUGGGGCGCACGGACUCGAGGUACACUAGCUCGGGGCGCAGACACAGGCGCCCCAAACAUUGCAGCUCCGGGCGCGGGCUCAGCCAGCCGAACUCCGAGAGCGCGCGGAAUCCGCCUGCCGCGCCCGAGCUGCGAUGCGCGGGCCCGGGCGCCCCCUCCUCCUGGGGCUGCUGCUCGUGUUGGGGGCGACGAGGCCCGGGCGAGGGGGCACGGAACCCCGGGAGCCCGCGGACAAGCAGACACUGCUGCGCCUCAUGGUGGAGAUCGUCCAGGAACUCAGGAAAUAUCACUCGGGGGACCCCAAGAGGCUGCGGGUCCUCGGUGCGCAGGAUGACGCCCUGCGCCUGGGGGAGGCAUACUAUGGCACAGACCCGGAGGAGCAGAGAGUGGAAAUCGUUCCUAGAGACCUCAGGAUGAAAGACAAGUUUCUGAAACACCUCACAGGUCCACUCUACUUUAGUCCGAAGUGCAGCAAACACUUCCACAGACUUUACCACAACACCAGGGACUGCACAGUCCCUGCAUACUACAAGCGAUGCGCGCGGCUCCUUACCCGGCUGGCCGUCAGCCCCGUGUGCGCCGAGGGAUGAGCAGUGAGCAGAGCAGCAUGGCAACACCAGGACCACAAGAAGUGCCUUGGACAGCAAGAGAAGCGGCGCUGUCGUUGUGAACAAGAGAUUUAUUUUUGCAGAC